GAUGAAGGCCGAGCAUAUUCUAACAUGCCUGGCUGUCAUGUGUGCUAUUAUGAGUCUUUGAAGCGCUCGUACUACUGUCCGUAUUCGAGCUGGCAGUGGCAGUGCCGAAUGGCUCGAGCACUGCCUGCGGAAAUCAUCUGUGCCCGCGUGGCAUGGAUUCGCAAAGCGAGCGAGCGCCUCCAUGGCGCUGAUGGCGUGACCCUUUCUCCCGGAAAAUUCGUGUGACACUUGUAUGCUCAACAAUAUACAUACACGAGGAGAAAUGGGGCAGGCGAAGAGGUAUGGACUAUGGAAUUUGAGGGCCAUCGACAAGGGAUGUCAGCAGAGCGGAAGGGAAGCAAGGGCCUGGAAAGGUACGAGUCCGCCCGUGCCCACCCCCGCCCAUCUCACAUCUGGAAGGCCCGCAAGCUCCAAUAGGGUUGAUUGGACAACCGCAGCUCUGGAACUUGAAGCUGGGAGACCAGGGUGUGCAUUGUGGUGGAAGCCGACGUGGGAACGCAUCGGCUCGUUGCCUUGUUUCAAUCGUGGUGUGGACGAGCUUGAAGGACGGGAACGCCAACGCGAACGGCGAUGCGUGUCUCUGACAAAGACGAUGUCCAUUUUGGUCUCGGGGAGCGGGUAUCGGUGUCAGCUCGUUCCCAUACAAGGGAUGUCGAGUUCUGCAGGAGAUAGCAGCGUCGCUAGAACUAAUCAGCAGAAGCGUGACUGGGACGCUUUCCCAA